GUGGGUAACUCAUUACUUUUGAAUCUGUUGUUGAGGUUGAGACCACUACUGAAAAUGAAGCAUUUUGUGGUGGCUCCUCUGUUGGCAUUUUUUCUUAUCGAGAAUGGAUUUUUCACAUCGACAAGGAAUCAAGCAUCUGAUAAAGUUUUUUCAAUUACUGUGGCAACGGAAGAAGAAGCUGCCACUAUCAGGAACGUGUCCAGCCACCCUGAGGUGGUAUUGUGGCAGCCAGACUCCCCCCAGAACAUUAAAGCUGGCACAGAAACACACCUUUACAUUCCUGGCUCAAGUGUGGAGAGGAUUAAAGAACUGUUGCAUCAGAAUGGGGUUAAGCACACGGUCUUGCUGGAAAAUGUCCAGGAGCUGAUCGAUAUGCAGACUAAAAAUGAUUCAAAUGACCCUCGGAGUUCCGUGUCCUUUUAUGAGAGGUAUCAUCCUUUAGAUGAGAUAUACUCUUGGAUAAAUAAAACGGCUCAAGACAAUCCACAUCUGGUGAGGACCAUACUGAUCGGCUCAACAUUUGAAAAGCGUCCCCUUUACGUUUUAAAGCUGUCAGGAAGAAACCCCUCGAGAGCAAUGUGGAUGGACUGUGGGAUCCAUGCCAGGGAGUGGAUCUCUCCUGCCUUCUGUCUGUGGUUUGUUCAGUAUGUCAUUCAGUUUUAUAAUACAAAUCCUGAGAUUACCCAAAUUCUUGACAACAUGGAUAUCUAUAUUCUUCCAGUGCUGAACCCUGAUGGGUAUUUGUUCACUUGGACAAAUAAUCGAAUGUGGAGGAAGAAUCGCUCGCAGUACGAAGACAGUGAUUGCAUAGGGGCUGAUCUGAACAGGAACUUUGACGCAAACUGGUGCACAGAGGGAUCCUCACCAAGGCCCUGCGAUGAGACCUAUUGUGGGCCUUUCCCCGAGUCGGAAUCAGAGACAAAGGCAGUGGCCACCUUCCUCCGUAGCAAGAAACACAUAAUGAAGCUCUAUAUCUCUAUCCACUCCUACUCUCAGAUGCUACUCUUCCCCUACUCCUACACCUACAAGCAGGCAGACAACCACAACGAACUGUUUACUCUGGCAAGAGAGGCAGCCUUGAAAAUCAAAAGGCAUUAUGGGAACCACUACAGAUAUGGCGCUGGAGCAAAAACAAUCUAUCUUGCACCAGGCGGGUCUGACGACUGGGCGUAUGACAUAGGGAUCGAUUACUCCUUCACUUUUGAGCUCCGGGACAGGGGCCAGUACGGGUUUCUGCUCCCACCCAGUUACAUAGCGGUCGCCUGCAAUGAAGCCCUCACAGCCGUGAAGUCCAUCGCCACGGGUAUCGUCAAGAAAAUGGGAUGAGCUCUAGUCAUCACCGGGAGCUCUCAGAGACAGGACCGGAGCCUUCUCUCUGACCACGACAGAACUGCACCGUACUUUAAAAUCAUGCCACCAAGUCCCUACAUUAACAGCAAGACCAACUCUUUAUGAGCAGGGUGAUUUCUGUUUUUAGAAAGGGUAACAUCAAAUAUUUCAUAAAACAUACCCAUCUAUAUAAAUCUAUAGUGGCAAUAAAACAACAUAUUUAACUUUAUUCAUCAAAAUAAAAAGACCUUUGUUCUUCAUUGCAUAUUGCAGGAGCAGUUGAUAUUUUUGUGUCAUGCAAAAAACUGCAAAAUAAAAUUGGUAAGUCAUGCCUUGUGUAAUAACA